AUGUACGGCGGACCGUCAGCAGCACGCUCUCCCCCGCCACUGCAGCACCCGCGACCCCAGCACCCGCCGUCACAGAUCCCCUCGCAGUCCCCACCUCCCGACGCCUUUGCGUUCAGCUCGUCGAACACGUACCAGCGUUUCUCGUCUCCGCCAGUACAGGGCGGGUCGCAUCUCCAUCAGAACAUGGCGGCGCAGCAUGCGUACUCGCACGGCGGUGGGGCGACGCCGGACGCUUACAUCCCUGCUGGAGGAGGACCGUAUGGCGGACAAGCGCAGGGAGGGUAUGCGCCUUCGCCGCUGAGAGCGCAGGCGGGUAACGUUGCGUGGAUGGGCGGCGGGGCGGAUUCGGGACCUUCAGGGCCGAUGGGGUCGGGACUGGCGGGCGCGACGAGUCCCGGUGCUGGAGGAGCGGGACCUGGCGUAGGUGCGAACGGCGCGAUGGGUGGAUGGCCGGCGAUGGGCAACAUGGGCGGUAUGGGCGGGAUGAUGAACGAUGCGACGGCGCAGAUGGGCGUACAGUUCGGCAAACACGCCUUCACGGCCGGCCAGGCGUACCUCGACAAGAACUUUACGCGGCUCCUCCCUCUCGCGCACCUCAAGCACAGCUUCAACGUCUCGAACUCGUAUGUCGUCAACAAGAUUCGACUGAUCCUCUUCCCCUGGCGGCACAAGCCUUGGAGUCGGAGUGUCGUCCGGAACGAGUCGACAGGCGUCGCGGAAGGGUGGAAGCCGCCUCGGGAAGACCUCAACUGUCCGGAUCUGUACAUCCCAGCCAUGGCCCUCGUCACCUACAUCCUGCUCUCCGCCGUAACCGCCGGAAAAGCCGGUACCUUCGACCCCAACAUCCUCGGCAACUCUGCGAGUCGGGCAUUCGGGAUCCUCACGCUCGAGUUUGUCCUGAUCAAGCUGGGGUGCUACUUGUUGGGCAUUGGAGAGGAGGGGACCGUCGUGGAUUUGGUCUCGUACGAGGGGUACAAGUUUGUCGGCGUCAUCAUCGCACUCGUCGCUGGCUUGAUGGGCGCAACAGGCUGGACCUUCUGGCUCGUCUUUCUCUACGUCGUCCUUGCCAACUUUUUCUUCCAGCUCCGAUCCCUGCGCCACCUCGUCCUCCCCGACCCGUCCAUGUCACCUCUCGACCACGGCGGCGACCACAGCAUGCAGACGACUCCCUCGCACUCUCAGCGUGCCCGGCGGAUCCAGUUCUUGUUCGUGAUUGCGGCGGCACAGGGACUGAGUAUGGGCGUGCUGGUGAGGGUGUAG